CAGGAUGUAGGAACAAAACCUGCAACGGCUGCAAACACUUCUGCUCAGCGCUGGCUGGCCCUAAGCGUGAGCCUAAGCCAGUCCCUAAUCCAGUUUAAAGGACUGUCCUCUCCAGGUGUCUCCGCUCCAGCACUGGACUCGAGUGCCUGGUCCCCUUCACCAUUACAUUUCUUCCUGUUCGAAAUCUGGCCUGCAGACUAGCGGCUUCCCCGUCACCUGGGAGCUUGUUAGAGUCUCGGCGCCACCCCCCUCCCAUCAAAACCUCCUCUUUAACAAGCUCCCCAGGGAUCCCCACCUAUGAAGCAUCCCAUUUAUUACACCUUCCAUGUUCUUCGCCCCUGGGGGGCGCUCUGUAGCCAGCUGCUGAGGACCCUCUCGCACACAGGAAUAGAGGGGCGCACACACAGCUUUCAGAGGAGCUCAGAAGAGCAGCCUCGAGCAGCUGCCCAAGUGUGCUGCUCUCCAGUGCGUCUUCAUCCUGAUGAGGUGUCUUGGGGCCAGAGGGUCCAGACCCUGCCCCUUGGUGGCAGCCCCACCGGCUUAGUGGACUGACAGCGGCUGAGCGCGGGGCUCCUGCAGGGGGGGUCUGGACCGGCGACACGAUACGCAGGACUGGAGCUGCUGCUGCAGGAGCUUUGGCGCCGCUGGGGUCUCAACAGUUAACAGUCUGCAGGCAGAAUAAGUGAGCCACCGCCGAGGGCUCCUGCUUCAGGGACGGCCAACCCUAGGCCCUGGGGGAGCAGGCUGGGCAGCCAGCCCUGCGGAGCCCCAGGGGUUCGCGGCCCCUUGGCGCCGGCUGCGGGCGGCCAGCCCAAAGAUGGAGCCUUGCAGCCUUCCUUUGUGCGCCCCGGACGGGCGUUCCAGGAGGCAGGUCGCCGCCUCCUGACGCCGGCGCGUUGGCGGGCGACAGCAUGACCUUAAGCCUCAUCUCUUUGCUGUCCCAGGAUAUCUCCGGGCUCUGGCUCCUCCUGAAGACCAGCACAGAUGAAAUCAUGCACCAGGACAUCACCCCGCUCUGUGCUGCCGACAUCCAGGACCAGCUGAAGAAGCGCUUUGCUUACCUGUCCGGCGGGCGGGGGCAGGACGGCAGCCCGGUCAUCACCUUCCCGGACUACCCGGCCUUCAGCGACGUGCCGGACAAGGAGUUCCAGAAUGUCAUGACCUAUCUCACCAGCAUCCCCAGCUUACAAGAUGCUGGCAUCGGGUUCAUCCUGGUCAUAGACCGAAGGCAGGACAAAUGGACCUCCGUGAAGGCAUCGGUCCUGCGGAUAGCCGCCUCCUUCCCAGCAAACCUGCAGCUCGUCCUUGUUCUGCGCCCAACAGGAUUCCUGCAAAGGACUCUCUCUGACCUGGCCUUCAAAUUCAAUAGAGAUGACUUUAAGAUGAAGGUGCCGGUCAUAAUGCUGAGCUCAGUACCAGAAUUACACGGCUACAUCGACAAGUCCCAGCUGACCGAGGACCUGGGCGGGACCCUGGAUUACUGCCACACCAGGUGGUUGUGUCACCGCACGGCCAUCGAAGGUUUUGCCCUCAUGGUGAAGCAGACAGCCCAGAUGCUGCAGUCCUUCGGGACCGAGCUGGCCGAAACGGAACUGCCCAAUGACGUCCAGUCUACGAGCUCAGUGCUCUGCGCGCACACGGAGAAGAAAGUCAAAGCGAAGGAAGACAUGAGGCUGGCGCUGGACGAGGGGCAGAGCAUCCUGGAGAGCAUCAGGGAGCCCCUGGCCAAGAGCCCGGAGCAGAGCCUGAACCAGGACCAGCUGGACAAUCAGACCACCGUGCAGAGGCUCCUGGCCCAGCUGAAUGAAACCGAGGCUGCCUUUGAUGAGUUUUGGGCAAAGCAUCAGCAAAAACUUGAACAGUGUCUGCAGCUCCGGCAUUUCGAGCAGGAUUUCCGAGAGGUCAAGGCCUCCUUAGACGCGUUGGCUCAGAAGAUAGCGACUUUCACGGACGUGGGCAACAGCUUGGCGCACGCAGAGCACCUCCUGAAGGACCUUACCAGCUUUGAGGAAAAGUCCAGUGCAGCCGUGGAGCGGGCCCGCGCCCUGUCCCUGGAGGGGGAGCAGCUCAUCGACAACAAGCACUACGCCGUGGACUCCAUCCGCCCCAAGUGCCACGAGCUCCAGCACCUCUGUGACCAGUUCACUGCGGAGGUCGGGCAGCGGAGAGGUCUACUCAACAAGUCACUGGAGCUGCACAGCCUCCUGGAGGCGUCCAUGAAGUGGUGCGAUGAGGGGAUUUACCUGCUGGCCUCACAGCCCGUGGACAAGUGCCAGUCCCAGGAUGGGGCCGAGGCAGCCCUCCAAGAAAUUGAGAAGUUUUUGGAGACCGGUGCAGAAAAUAAGAUCCAGGAGCUCAAUAAAAUUUACCAGGACUACGAACCCAUCCUCACCCAAGACCUGCUGGAACACGUGCAGAAGGUCUUCCAGAAGCAAGAGAGCAUGGAAGAAAUGUUUCACCGGAGACAGGCCAGCCUGAAGAAGCUGGCGGCCAAGCAGACCAGGCCCGUGCAGCCAGUGGCCCCCCGGCCCGAGGCGCUCACCAAGUCGCCCUGCCCCUCCCCAGGUGUCUGGAGAGGUUCCGAGAACAGCAGUUCUGAGGGCAGCGCACUCCGGAGGGGGCCCUACAGGAGGGCCAAGAGCGAAAUGAGUGAGGGCCGGCAGGGCCGCAGCAGCUCCACGGGGGAAGAGGAGGAGAGCCUGGCCAUCCUGAGGAGGCACGUGAUGAACGAACUGCUUGACACGGAGCGGGUCUACGUGGAGGAGCUGCUCUGCGUCCUGGAGGGCUACGCUGCCGAGAUGGAUAAUCCUCUGAUGACGCAUCUCCUCACAGCAGGCCUUCAGAACAAGAAGGAUGUUUUAUUUGGAAACAUGGAAGAAAUUUACCACUUUCAUAACAGAAUAUUCCUGAGAGAGCUGGAAAACUACAUAGACUGCCCAGAGCUGGUUGGAAGGUGUUUUCUAGAAAGGAUGGAAGAAUUCCAGAUCUACGAGAAGUACUGCCAGAACAAGCCCCGCUCGGAGAGCCUGUGGCGACAGUGCUCCGACUGCCCGUUCUUCCAGGAAUGCCAGAAGAAACUGGACCACAAGCUAAGUCUGGACUCCUACCUGCUGAAGCCAGUCCAGAGGAUCACCAAAUACCAGCUGCUCCUCAAGGAAAUGUUGAAGUACAGCAAGAACUGCGAGGGGGCGGAGGACCUGCAGGAGGCGCUGAGCUCCAUCCUGGGCAUCCUCAAGGCCGUAAAUGACUCCAUGCACCUCAUCGCAAUCACAGGCUAUGAUGGGAAUCUGAGUGACUUGGGGAAGCUGCUGAUGCAGGGAUCCUUCAGUGUCUGGACGGACCACAAGAAGGGCCACACCAAGGUGAAGGACCUGGCCAGGUUCAAGCCCAUGCAGCGACAUCUGUUCCUGCACGAGAAGGCCGUGCUCUUCUGCAAGAAGCGGGAGGAGAACGGGGAAGGGUACGAGAAGGCCCCAUCCUACAGCUACAAGCAGUCCUUAAAUAUGACAGCAGUUGGCAUAACGGAGAAUGUGAAAGGUGACGCGAAGAAGUUUGAGAUCUGGUACAAUGCCAGGGAGGAAGUUUACAUCAUUCAGGCACCAACUCCGGAGAUUAAGGCAGCGUGGGUGAAUGAGAUUCGGAAAGUGCUGACCAGCCAGCUGCAGGCUUGUCGAGAAGCCAGCCAGCACAGGGCCCUGGAGCAGUCCCAGAGCUUGCCUCUGCCGGCCUCGUCCAACACCAGUCCUUCGAAAGGAAACACGAGAAACAUCAAGAAGUUGGAAGAAAGAAAAACUGACCCUCUAAGUCUGGAAGGAUAUGUGAGCUCAACGACAUUGCCAAAACCCCCCGAAAAGGGCAAAGAUGACACAGUCACUAGCUCUACCUCAGAAAGCUCUGCGCUUUCCAAGAAGCGCUUUACUCUGCAGGGCUUUGCUAACCUCAAAGGUCAGAAAGCUUCUCCUACCAGUCCUGACAAAAAAGCUAAGCGACACGAAGUUAAGAGCGAUCCAACGCCUUUUGGUUUACGAGGCUGGAGCAAAACAUCUCACCCACUGGAGGCCCCUGAGGACAACGAUGGCUGGUCGAGUGCCGAGGAGCCAAUUAAUUCCUCAGAUGCGGAGGAGGAAGGCGGAGUGGGCCCCAGGAAGCUGGCUCCAGGGAAGUACACCAUCGUGGUGGAUGAUGAGAAGGGAGGCCCCAACACACUUGCCGUGAGGAGCGGAGACAUGGUGGAGGUGGUUCAGGAGGGCGACGAGGGCCUUUGGUAUGUCAGGAACCUGACCUCCAGCAAGGAGGGGUGGGUGCCAGCCAGCAGCCUGUCCAUGCUCCUCAGCAAGUCCAGCUCAGCACAGUGCUUGAGCAGCUCAGAGUCCAGCACAGGGUCCGCUCUGCUGAGCAACUCCUCCAGCUGCAGCGAGAGCUGCGGCGGCCCCCUCUCUGACCUGCAGGGGUAGCGCCGGCCGGGCCCCCAGUGCAGGAGACCAGCCUGUGAGCCUCUAAGUUUUCCUUUGCUUGGGCUUGCCUAGUUUGGUGAAGGGAUGGUGCUCUAAGACGCCCUGGGAAAGGAAGAGCCUGACAAGACCUGAACAAUGAGCUGCCUGCUGCCCACCGAACCUCACGGUGCAGGACACGGGGGCAUUCGGAGGAAUGGUUCAGGAAGAUUCUGCCCUCCAGCCUCCAAGCCAGGAUUCCCUCCCAGGGCACGGAAACUGGUUCCCAUGGAAAGACUAGUAUACCAAGCUUCCGCGGAGCAUCUGAAUGGACGGAGCAUGGCUGCAGGCCGACAGACCGCUCGUGCAGGAGGGCUCUGUGGGGGGGCCGUCCGGCCGGCCUCUGCCAGGCAGCCAGGAGCCGGUCCCAACCGCUCUGCUUUGGUUUCCGACAUGCCUGGUCUGGUGCUUUCUGCAGGGAUGUGUACUGUGGGGCUGCUUCCAAAAGAAGUGACCGAUUCACUGACCCAACAGCUUGAAGAGAGAGAGGGUGGGGGGACUAUUUUGUCUUUUACAAAUUUUUUUUAAAGCAGGGGUUAACCCCAUGGCCAUUUUUUUGUGGUACUUUGGCCUCUAACCUUUACCAGGAAUCACUGUGUUUACAUGAAAUGACAAUUUGAUACUGCAUUUGAUAUAAAACUAUUUUUUUGUUACUGGGGUUUACAUUGCAGCACGUUGUAUAUACCCUGAAUGAUUUGGGGGACUCUCUCGUGGAAAUUGACGGCACUCUCCGAGCCCACCCGGUGACGGGAAUGAAAACACAUCCUUUGCUAAAACCAAGCAGCAUUUCUACAAAUGAGAGCAGUUAGAAACCAAGAAAAUUCCUUUACCUGGGUAGUUAAUUUUCAAAAGGAAAUUUAAACUAUAAUUUAAAAUACUAACCUUCUUUUCUACAAAAAAAAAAUAAUAAUGAGGACUCUUGAUUUUUUUUAACACGCCUCACUGAAUUGGGAUUUUUUAUUGUUUUUAAAGAAUACACGAAGAUGCAGUUUUUGCAGGGUCUCAUCUGAACCAAUGACGUCACAGGCAGCUCCGUGAAAACCUGAGCUGCCUCCCCUCUGCCUCCUUCCCCACCUCCCCCACCUGCACAGGCCGCCAGACCGCCCUGCGCGUGCUGUAUGGGACCACCCUAAACACAGAAACCUAAAGGUGCAGAGUUAUUUUAUUCCUGUCAAAGCAGAACUGGGAAGAAAGCUCUUCUGUUUUCGCUUGUUUUAUGUUUCAGAAACGAAUUCUGUUCUUUGGCAACGCUCUCUGUGUGCGGUUGGGCAGAUAUUUUUCUAUGUGUGUAUAUAUGUGGAUGUGUGUACAUAUGUAUCCGAUGUAAGGGACGUAUUUAUAGCCUCCAUGCUGCUGGCAAUGUGUCACUUUACAGCCCUCCCCGAGCCCCAGGCCCUACUGUAGCCGAGGCCAGCAGGCUUCCUCCCCCCACCCCCACAUGCAAGGCCGUCCUCGCCCACCAGGCCUCUCUGGAGUGUGGUAAUAAAACAAAACGACGUGUCAGACUUGGCAGCUUUUCUUCUGGUGUAUAAGUUAUUUGAAAAAUAAUGUGUCUCCUAAUUUAAUUAAUAUAUGGAUUGUUCGAACGUGGUUCCUGCCGACUCUGCCUGGGACUGGCCGCCACUCUGUGAUCUGUCCCUCUGAAGGCACUUUAAAACUCCAUGUUUCGGCCACUGUUCUUUUCUCCCCCUGCGGAUGUAAACGAAAUUUAAAAAUCAGAACUCUUUAUUGUAUGGAUGAAGUUUGAAUAAACAUCGGCAACUCUUGCUGUCUGCCUUCGCCUGCACAGGC